AUUUCUAGGACUGUCAGUCUGAAAGAGCUUAUGACGUCAUUUAGUGCAAAUAUACAGUUUGGAGGUCUUCAAUUCCCUGUUCAACAAACUUUGCCUGCAGUUUCUUCAGUAUCAAUAGAGCAAGGCCACACGACUACACUUCACUGCAUUUCCAACAGUAUUACUACACUGUACUCUUGGUCCAAAAACAAAGCAAGCAUAGAUGUGAACACAGACAAGUAUUCUUAUGCCACAAAUUCAUCUGGAAAUUUGAAAAUACAGAACGUGUCUUAUGAAGACGAGGGCACGUACGAGUGCAACUACACAACUACAUAUCCACAUCAACAGAUAACGAAGACUCGAUCCAUUCAGCUUAUAGUCUACAGUAAGUAGCAUGUGCACACAUAUUUUCUCUUGUAAAUUCUCUAUUCUUCCCUUCUACAGAUCUUCCUGCUGUCAAAGUAAAUAUUAGUCAAGUCAGUUCUGUUCUCAAUGUUACUUGCUUUAUUGCUGGUACAAAACCACUUCAGAUUCAAAUUCUCAAAGACUUAUCGGUCAUUCAUAUGGAAACAAUAACAGAUGAGACUAAAACAGCACACGUUGAAGCAAAGGCUGCUUCAGGUGUGUAUCAAUGCUUGGUAAGCAAUGAAUACGGAAGUGAGCAAAGCAGUCAAUAUGUGGAAGUUCCUGAACAAACAUCCACAGCAAUUAUCACAUCUUUACAAUCAACAGUAGCAAAAAGUUCCACCAUUGCUCCUUCUCAGUUGAUUACAUCCACCAAGUUGCCACUAUUUACAUCAUCUGUCCAUGACUUUUCAACAAUGCCUCAAGCUGUGGCUUCAUUAUCGUCUACCUUUCCUACCCCAACACCACCUGCAGUUUCUCCUCCGUCAUCCUCAUCUUCAGCUUUGGGUCAGACGUCAUCAGCACAAGCAACAUCAACCGAAAAAGGACUAGUUAUGUCUUCGCGUGUAAUAGACUCAAGACCACAACCAACUCCAGCAACAACUAGCCUUAAAACAUCACAAAACCCUUUGCAGUCCAGCCAACUGUCUAGUUAUAAAGUUUCUCUCUCUUUUGUUUUGACACCAUUUCUCCAACAAACAACCACUGCUCCAGUAUUGGAAUCUACUAAACUAGUAACACCACAAGAAGCUACCACACCACCACCACCACAAUUUAGCUCGUACACAUUGUCAGCAAUCUCUACAUCACCAUCAACAUUCUCACAAAUGUCUGACUCUUUUGCUGUACGAGAAUCCAAGCCUCCCAGUAGAGUGAUUUCUCCUAACAGGUCCUCUCUGUCUCUUGUCAAAAUGUCACCAAUUUUUACAGCAGCUAUUGUUCAACAAGCAUCAUCAACAAUGGCAAUAACAUGGAAGAAACCAAUUCCUUCACAGUUUUCCUUAACAUCUGUUUCAGACUCAUCAUCCGGUUUAGUGCAAGGAAAGACAACCACAACGACCAUACAAAUUAACGCAACUGCUGUUGUUACAGAGAUUCAAAAACCAACAAAAUCUGGUACAUUGCAUUCAUUGCUAAGUUCACCAAACAGCUUUGGACCUGUUAGCUCUCCAAUAUUAACAGUUCAUCCUACAGUUCAAAGUGGUCCACAAAUGAUUACAUCAAGUGUGUCAUCAGUAAUUCUUGUGAAACCGACAGAAAUACCUCAAAAAUCCAAAGGAUCUGAUGACUUUCCAAUAAUAAUAGUAGCUGCUGCAGCAGGUGGUGGUGUACUGUUGCUUCUUUUAAUAAUUCUUAUUGUCUGCUGCAUAUGCCAAAGAAAAAAGAAAAAAGAGAAAGCUUAUUCUCCUUAUGUGAUGACGGCACAAGAACCAGACAUUGACACCCACAGUAACUCUGGAAUACCUACCAGGUCAUCAACAAUAAUUGGCAACCCAUUGUAUAGAAAUGCUUCUCCUGAGGAAGAAAAGGAGAAUGCAAAUUAUUCAACGUUCAAGGAUCAGAGUGGGCCUCUCAAGUUAGAGGAAGUUCAAUAUGCAUCAGUAAUUACUAAUCCUGCUACCUACGAGGCAAAUGGCACUCAUGCUCAAUCUCCAGCAAAUCAAAAUGGUUAUGACAAGCUUGGAGGAAAACAAACCAAAGAAUCACAUUAUGAUCGACUGAAACCAAUGAGUGUGCCUGCAGUUACUGCUGGUGAUGGACCAGCAACAGAUGAAAACAUAAAUAAAGGACAGGCAGUUGAGGUGACUGGUGAUAAGCACUACACUGUUGAAGGGAAUAUUUAUGCUUUAUCCACAAAGCCAAGCACCACACUACAACAUGAAAAUGAAGAUGAAGAUGAAGCAACUGAAUGCCACAACAACGUCAAGACAUCACCAAAUGAUGACAAUGAAAAGAAUGGCAUACCAGGACAUCAUUACAUAGCUGGAAAUGAUCUAUAUGCUAUUACUUCGAUUACCACACUCAGAAAGUCACCCGUUGACUUGAUUUACUCCACUUACCACGGUUGGCAGAUGGCUCCUCGUUGCACGGCUGCUCUUGCUCUUUUCGUUCUCUUCUAUUGUGAGAGUUCGACGACAUCUGCACGUGCAGGAACAAAUUCGACAGCAACAAUUGGAUGGAGUAAUGAUGACUAUUUAACUACCGGUAUGUCAACACAACAGAUGUCUACUGUUCAUGCUCUCUUACCUACUGCCACACUGACAACAUCUGCAAUGCUCAAACCGUUGAGCUCGUUUAUUACAACUUCAGGGGUUAUGUCAACUUCUGGUGUUGUUCAGCCAACUGUGACGUCAUCUGUAGCAUUGAACAGUGGGAUGGGGUUAACAAGUGGGAUACCUUCGGGAUUGUCAUCGUCAUCAGUCGCAGAUGUGAUCGCUCGUGAAAUGUUCACUCACUCGAGUCUGAUUGCAACAGGCAGUGAAACUCCUUCUUUUGGAGUUGCAUCGACUAUCUUUCUAUCGUUUUCAUCGUCUGUUGCUCUUCCGGUUACUCUUGGAGAAUCCAUUAGCACCACUGCUACUACCACAGCUACUACCACUACAUCAACAUCUUAUGGCAGUGCAGCUGGAAUGCAUGGAAGUUCGCUUGUUAACACAAAAUUGGUUGAGACAUCAUCCUCACUGCCUACUACAGGAUUAAGCAGAAUGACGUCGACUGCGACUGUAUCUGUUGAAGAAUCGUCUUCUGUUAAGACUAGCAGUUCGAGUACAGCAAAACUGCCGCUUCCAUCUUUGUCUGUCGGGGCAGCACUUGCAUCAACAGAAGUGACAUCAGUUGGGCUGUCGUCGACUUCGGCUUUAUUACCGAUUGUAGCAUCUUCUGUUAUUACACGUGUGUCUGUAGAGACAUCAACUCAUAGUAUUCUGUCGACUGCUGCUAGUGCUGCAACAUCACAAUCAUUAAUCAACGAAUUUUCUAGGACAAGCAGUGCUAUGAUCUCAUCGAAUACUGAAACACAAAAGCUUGCUUCAUCAGUUGUCACCACUUUAGUGACAAGCAAGAUACCAACAACAUCAGUUAACACGGAAUCUACUAGUGGAUACUAUAGUACAGCAAUGUACAGUGGGAUGACAUCAAGUAAGCCAACCAGCACGUACAGUACAAGUUUGACAGAGAAGACAGAGUACAUCAGUGCAGCAAUGUCUACUGCUUUGCCUUCUACCUUUAAUGCUGUCUCUACAAGGAUGUCACACACAGCUUCGUCGUCUACCACACAGCUCACAGGGACAAUACAAAAAGCGUCUUCUAGCAAACCUCUCCUGUCUGCCACCGUUGUAUCGUCUUCACCUGUUACUCAACUGUCUACUGGAACAUUACAGGGAGCUUCCGCUGGUGCCAUGGCAUCUGGUACUCAAACAUCUUUACCAGUUACGUCACGGAUCUCUACUACAUUGGAAACAGCUCUGACAAGUGGACUUCCUUCUGUUAUUCAAGCAUCACCACACCUUACAAGUGUGUUACAGACGGUAUCUACUGAAGGUGUACCAUCUACUACUGCAGUCGUUAUGCCUAAAGGAAUUUCUGAAACAGCAUUUCCAAGUGUGUUGUUGUCUAUUGGAUUUACUUCAUUAUCUGGUACUGCAGCACUGCCGAUGACCCAAAAGUCUGCAAUGCCAUCCAUCUCUGUGACCCAAACAUCUGCAAUGCCACCCGUCUCUGUGAGUGCAUCAUCCACAUCAAACUACGCGCAGUCGAUUGGAAUGUCACUAUUGCCAUCUCAAACCACAUCAGUUGUAACAAGUCCUACAAUGACUGAAACGGUAUCAACACGGUCAACAUCUCUUAGUGUGAGUGUAGGCAUACAGACAGCUGUAACAACACUGACUAGCACACCAUCUGUUGAGGUGUUCACUGGCUCACUCGUCACAAAGACUGUGUCACCAUCAUCAGUGCUGCUGACUACAACAUCAUUGGUGGAAAGCCCGUCAACAUCAGUAGUGGAAGGUUCGAAGUCGGCACAGAUGCUGUCAACAAGAACAGUAUCAACUGCAGGGAUAUCAACUGCAGGGAUAUCAACUGCAGGGAUGUCAACUGCAGGGAUGUCUACUGCAGGGAUGUCUACUGCAGGGAUGUCAACUGCAGGGAUGUCAACUGCAGGGAUGUCUACUGCAGGGAUGCCUACUGCAGGGAUAUCAACGGCAGGGAUGUCAAAUGCAGGGAUGUCAAGUGCAGGGAUGUCAAGUGCAGGGAUAUCAACUGCAGGGAUGUCAACUGCAGGGAUGUCUACUGCAGUAGCAUCUAGCCAAACAACGUCCAUUCAAUCUGGAUCAACUGAGACUUCAACAGUCUCAACAGUGGCAGUGGCAAGUAUAAAAGCGUCAUCAACUGGCCUGGCACCCACAACGACACCAACUGUUACCAAUGCAAUAUCGCCAACAACAAAGGUGCCGUCGAAGAGCCGAUCAUUAGUUGGUGUAUGGAUUGGAGUAACAGUCGGAUCGUUGCUGUUGCUGAUCCUAAUUAUUAUCACAAUCAUCAUUUGCAAACGCAAGAGAUCAAGGAGUUAUUCUGUUGCUUUAUAUGACGAUCAGACAAGAGAUCGUUCGCUACAUGGAGCACUGCAAGGCAGCAGUGAAGGAGUAGAGUGGGAAAUGGUAGAGUCUAGUACCAAGACCUUUACGGAUACAUCCGACAGUACUUUUGAAGAAACAGAUGGAGAAGAGACUAAGGGCCUUCUUAGAGCCAAGAUGCAGUAGGAUUCUACCACAUACCUAUAGAUAGCAUUUUCAGGUUUAGAUUUGUUGUUCAACUACCGCUCUCGAUUUACAGUGAUUUUGCUCUACAAGAUAUCCAUUGUAGGAAUUAACCUACUCUAGUUAUUACUGAAAAUGAAGAAAGAUAGUUUGCAAUAGAAUAUCUUGCAAUAUGUUGGCAUUGCCAAUAGCUACUGUUUUGCGAUGCUAGUGGUUCUUUAAUGGUACAACUGUGUAGUGAUUUUCUGCUACAUUAUUAGUAAGUAGGACACUACACUGUCAUGUA